UUCCUUCAUUUAUCGAAGCAAUUAUAUGCUUCAUCUUCCAUAUCCGACUCCAACCCCAAACAAAUCCCAUUCCCAUUCCCAUUCCCAUUCUCCCUCCCUUAGGGUUUCAUUCCCAUCUCUUGCUUCUCACCAAACGUAGGAUUUAUUCCCACUAUUUGUUCCUGACUGAGUUUGCAAUUUUGGAUGGUAAUUGGCCACGGGUGAAAUGGAUGGUAGCUGGGAUUUCUUACAAUGGCUUGGCGCCGACUUGUCCUUCAAGAUCUUUACCCAUUUGGAUGAUCCAUCUGACCUUGUACGCGUUUGCUUAGUCACAAUUUCUUGGCGUCAGUUCGUUAUUGAGAAUAGCCUCAGCAAGCAACUCUGCUUGAGACUGUUUCCUGAUUUGUCUGGUGCUCUCCAUCUUAUUGAAGUGAAGGGCAUGAUUGAUACUUCAACAGUUGGGUCUAGCAACAUUACGAAAUGGGAAUACCUGCAGAGGUUCCAUAGAAUCUAUUUGCUCCUAGCUAAAAGUCUCAACCCUGUCACUAGAAAAGAUUGCAUUGCAGUAGCCAUUGGUGCAUCCUCCACUGACAAUAAUCCUAUAGAAAGUAUCGAAAACACACUGGAACCUGGUGAUAGGUUUCACAAUCGAGCAUCAUAUUGGUCGAGUUUAGGUUCAAGAGAUCCUGAUGUUCCUGAGACCUUAACUUAUGGGUUGGUCUCCAACCUAUGUGUUGUUUCUGAGAUUCAUAUUCAACCAUUCCUAGCAUAUUUUCAGGAUGGCUUCCCUAUAUAUUCAUCAAAGGCUGUUCGAUUUAAAAUGGGGCAUCAAAAGGUUUCUGUAAACUCGAGUACAAAUGUUUCAAAUGGUUCAGCUGUUGACCAUAAUCCAGAAAGUGAUGACAAUUUUAUCUGGACUUAUGUCUCGCCAGAAUUUCCAAUGACUCAAGAAAGCACAUUGCAAAUAUUUAAGCUUCCAGAGCCUGCUUUCUGCGUAGGUGUUCUGCUAGUUGAACUCUUGGGCAGAGUACAAAGACAAGAAAUGGAUGGAUUAUAUUACUUAUGUGUCUCUCAUGUCGAAGUCAUUGGUCGACCGCUCUUGCCCGAAUUUGAUGUGGAUAUAAUUGACCAGUCAGGAAAGUGCAUUCUGAAGUAUUUCCCCGAGUUGCACAAGUCCUCAUCUACCAGUGGAGAGAUAGGUCAUCCCCAUGGUUUUGCCAGUGCCUCUAGAUUGGUUCGGAGAGGUGUCCACGGAUGGGAACAUAUUGUAUUGCAUACAUUACUUGGAGGUGGGGUGUUUGUUGAUGACGACGUUGACGUUGACAUUGACAUUGACGUUGACGAAGAAGGAUGGUAAUCUUGGAGGGGUUAUCAUUGAUCCAGAUCCAAGUGAAGUGAAGUGAAUUUGGUGCAGGAGGCAAGUAAGUUUUUCUAGGUAGCCUAAGGGUUGGGAUCAAUGGGUAUAAGAGUGAAUGAGCAAAUCCUUGUUGCUGGUAUAGUUAUCUUAAUGUUUUUGCCUGCUCGGGAUAAUCCGGGCCUCAAAUGAUGAAUGGCCAUGAAGAUGCCAAAACAAAACUACACAAGGAUGGUUGUAAGUAAAUAAUAUUCCAGCUUCAAUGCGUGUAUGUCACAAAUUUAAGGCCUGUGUUAGUCUUCUCAAUCCUGGAGUGGAUAUGUUCGCUGGCUUGGGGUUCCAUUUAAGAGGGGGGCGUUCUUAAAAUUUGAAAUCUUAUUUGACUUAUAUUUUCUUUUUUUGGUUACAGUGAGAAGUAUAGAUGUAAGUGUUCACACUUGAUUUUGAUAAGGACAUUUAAUGUGUAAUAAACUUGACUUCGUAUUGAUAUAUGUAGUGGAGUAUAACCUCUA